GGGAGUUGGGUCUCCAGGUUGUGCGAGGAGCAAAUGAUGACCGCCAAGGCCGUAGACAAAAUCCCAGUAACUCUCAGUGGUUUUAUGCACCAGCUGCCUGACAGCCUCUACCCGGUGGAAGACCUCGCCGCCUCGUCGGUGACCAUCUUCCCCAAUGCUGAACUGGGAGCCCCCUUUGACCAGAUGAACGGAGUGGCCGGAGAUGGCAUGAUCAACAUUGACAUGACUGGAGAGAAGAGGCCCUUGGAUCUUCCAUAUCCUAGUAGCUUUGCUCCCAUCUCUGCGCCUAGAAACCAGACCUUCACUUACAUGGGCAAAUUCUCCAUUGACCCCCAGUACCCUGGUGCCAGUUGCUACCCAGAAGGCAUCAUCAAUAUUGUGAGUGCGGGCAUCUUGCAAGGGGUCACCCCUCCAGCUUCAACCACAACCUCAUCCAGCGUCACCUCUGCCUCCCCCAACCCAUUGGCCACAGGACCCCUGGGCGUGUGUACCAUGUCCCAGACCCAACCUGAACUGGAUCAUCUCUACUCACCACCACCUCCUCCUCCUCCGUAUACGGGCUGUACAGGAGAUCUCUACCAGGACCCUUCGGCGUUCCUGUCACCGCCCACCACUUCCACCUCCUCUCUGGCCUACCAGCCACCUCCUUCCUACCCAUCCCCCAAGCCAGCCAUGGACCCAGGUCUCAUUCCUAUGAUCCCGGAGUAUCCUGGCUUUUUUCCGUCUCCGUGCCAGAGAGAUCCACACGGUGCUGCUGGCCCGGAUCGAAAGCCAUUUCCCUGCCCUCUGGACUCCCUGCGGGUCCCCCCUCCGCUCACUCCACUCUCUACCAUCCGUAAUUUUACUCUGGGGGGACCCAGUGCUGGAGUCACGGGACCAGGGGCAAGUGGAGGCAGUGAGGGACCCCGACUGCCCGGCAGUGGUUCUGCAGCAGUGUCUACUACUCCCUAUAACCCGCAUCACCUGCCAUUGCGGCCCAUCCUGAGGCCUCGAAAGUACCCGAACAGGCCCAGCAAGACGCCAGUUCACGAAAGGCCCUAUCCCUGUCCAGCAGAAGGCUGUGACAGGCGCUUCUCACGCUCGGAUGAGCUGACCCGGCAUAUCCGAAUCCACACGGGCCACAAACCCUUCCAGUGUCGGAUCUGCAUGCGAAACUUCAGCAGAAGUGACCACCUCACCACUCACAUCCGCACCCACACCGGGGAGAAGCCUUUCGCCUGUGACUAUUGUGGCCGCAAGUUUGCCAGGAGUGACGAAAGGAAGCGCCACACCAAGAUCCACCUUCGACAGAAGGAACGGAAGAGCAGUGCCCCCUCCUCGUCGGUGUCUGCCCAGCCUUCAGCCACUGGCCCUGGGGGCUCGCAGGCGGGGGGCAGCCUAUGCGGUAACAGCACCAUUGGAGGACCACUGGCCUGCACCUCUCGGACCAGGACACCAUGAGAUGAAGCUCCGGCGGACACACCCAGGUCCCAGAGGCCCUCCGUCCACUUGAGCUGCACAACACUAUCACCCAUCCCUGUCCCUUCCUGUGAUCCUGGGCAAUGGACCUUGAUGGAGCCCGGCCCUUCCCCCACCCCUUUUCCAGACACAGGGCCCUCCUAAAAUUUAGGCCAUUUGACUCUCUUAGGGGAGUUGACUGCCACUCCAAGCAAUGGGGAGCCAAGAAGAGGGAUGGGUGAGGGCCCUUGGACUAGAGGGCUGUGGUCUGAUUCUGACUGAGAGACAUCUCAUUAGGUUUGGCUGGUCCUUCCCUUAUUUUGACCCUGGAUGCCAGAGUUGUUCUGAGACCUUUUCUACAAUAGGUUGGGAGAUGCUGAUUCCUUUGAGUGAGGACAGCAAAAAAGACUAAGGAAAACUGACAUUGCACUUUAUGGCUUGGAACUAAUUUGGGGGAAGCUGUCCAGUGAGAGGAGCCUGGUUUCGGCUGCAGCACUAGAACAGUGAACUGAAGGGUAUCUAGCCGUCUCAACCCUUGAGCAAUAUGUACUAAAAACUCAGAGAACGAAAGUGCAAUGACGGGAGGGACAAAGCAAUAUUGGCUUCUUUUUGUUGAGAAACAAAGGUUAUUUUUUUCAGUGUAUAUCCAUUCAGAUUUUGUGUAUUUUUGAUGUGCACUGUUCACUCCGAGUUCUGAACCUUCGGGAAAAAAAUGUAAAGCAUUUAUGAUCUCUUGAAAUGAGUCAAAGGUUAACUUAUUUAAAGGGGGAUGUACAUAGGGUGCAUGCAGUUGUGCUGGAAAUGUCCCCUGAGCCUUGUGUGAUGUGGGCAGUGUUACAGGGUCUGCAUGUAUGCAGGAGGCCUUACUAUAGGAAAAAGAAAUCAU